GACCUUUUAUAGGCCAUAUAUUCUGUUGACCUAUAAAACACUAAAACCCUUCCACCACCUUCUUCGAUCAUCAUCCUCCAAAACCCCUUUUAAAUCUCACAUCAUGUUUUCAUACGAAUCUUUGCCGCCACCGAAAACCAUCUUAUCCGCCGCCGCAUCACUCACCGCCUCCGCCCUUCUCUUCAAAUCCAUCACCGCCGAUCUCGUUCCGUCUGGCAUCCAUGAAUACUUUUCAUCAUCUUUCAAACGUCUAUCUUCCCAAUUCACCAUCAUUGUCCAAGAGUCUGAUGGCCUAACUCCAAACCAUCUUUUCGAGGCCUCGAAUAUUUACUUGGGUUCCAAGUUAUCGCCUUCGACGACUAGAAUCAAAGUCAGUAAGCCCGAAAAAGACGAUGAGUUUACCGUCACUGUGGACCGAAACCAGCCCAUAUUCGACGUCUUUCAGAAUUUUCAGUGUAAAUGGGUAUUAAAGAGUGAAAAGGUUGGUAUUAGAGGUGAUAAGAAUGGUAAUGUGCCUUUUGAAAUUAGGUUCUUUGAAUUGAGUUUUCAUAAGAAGUAUAAAGAUCUAGUUUUGAAGAAGUACUUAAGGUAUGUGAUUAAGAGGGCGAAAGAGAUUAAGGACGAGAUUAAGACGGUCAAACUGCAUACGGUUGAUUACAAUGGACCGGAUUACUGGGGCUCAGUGGUUUUAAACCAUCCUGCAACAUUUGAAACUAUGGCCAUGGAGCAAGACAAGAAGGUUGAGCUUAUGGAGGAUCUUGAUUUGUUUGUAACUAGGAAAGAUUAUUAUAGGAGGGUUGGGAAGGCUUGGAAACGAGGGUAUUUGUUUUAUGGGCCACCUGGUACGGGGAAGUCGAGUUUGGUUGCAGCCAUGGCUAACUAUCUUAAGUUUGAUGUCUAUGAUUUGGACUUGAGAGAGGUGCAGUGCAAUUCUGAUCUGAGGAGGUUGUUGAUUGGUACUAAGAACCGAUCUAUAAUUGUAAUCGAGGAUAUUGAUUGCAAUGUUGGCUUGCAGAGUCGUGAGAGUGCAGACCCAAAUGGGGAUGAGGAUAAGAUAACUUUAUCAGGGCUGCUCAACUUCAUUGAUGGGUUGUGGUCAAGUUGUGGAGACGAGCGGAUAGUAGUGUUCACGACAAAUCACAAGGAGCGCUUGGAUGCGGCAUUGCUGAGGCCAGGUCGAAUGGAUGUGCACCUAGAGAUGUCUUACUGUACAUAUGGUGGAUUCAAAACACUUGCAUCUACUUACCUACAGGUUGAGGAAGAGGAAAAGUUGGAAGUAUUUUGCACAAUUAAAGAAAUGUUGGAGAAGGUUAAAGUUACACCUGCCGAAAUUGCAGGAGAGUUGAUGAAGGGUGUGAAAGUGGAUAUUGUGCUUUCAAACCUCAUUCUCUGGCUCCAAAAGAAGGAAGCAGAUGCAGAGCAUAUCACUGCUAAUUAACAAUUUAUAACCAAAUCCUCAUACAAGAUCAUAAUGGUGGUUACAAUUACUAGUUUCUGAUCAUAUUCAAAUAAAUUAUUAUAGCUUGUUAGAAGUAGAACAGUUCUAUAGAAGCUAACUGAUACAUUUAUGCCAAUAAGGUAUGAGAUCUUUGAUCAGACAACUAGUGUUGUCAAUCAUUUGUUAUUAUGAUUGGGAUUGAUUUGAAUGUUGAUUGUUAUUUCAUCUUAGAAAAGAGACUCCUUGGAACAGAAUUCCAGCUUUGCAUAGUGAAAAAAAAUUGGCAUAGAUUUUGGGGUUUUUUGCA